CCGCUUCGCUUCCGCUCUGGGAAGAUGAAAGAAACAAUCAUGAACCAGGAGAAACUCGCCAAGCUGCAGGCUCAAGUGCGCAUCGGUGGCAAGGGUACUGCCCGCAGAAAGAAGAAGGUUGUCCACAGAACAGCUGCAGCAGAUGACAAAAAACUUCAAUUUUCAUUGAAGAAACUGGGAGUCAACAAUAUUUCUGGAAUUGAGGAGGUCAACAUGUUUACUAACCAAGGAACAGUCAUUCACUUCAAUAACCCUAAAGUUCAGGCAUCUCUGGCUGCUAACACUUUCACUAUAACGGGCCAUGCUGAGACAAAGCAGCUAACAGAAAUGCUUCCUAGCAUCUUAAACCAGCUUGGAGCUGACAGUUUGACCAGCCUGAGGAGAUUGGCAGAAGCCCUACCCAAGCAGUCUGUGGAUGGAAAAGCACCACUUGCUACGGGUGAAGAAGAUGAUGAUGAAGUUCCAGAUCUUGUUGAAAACUUCGAUGAAGCUUCAAAGAAUGAGGCAAACUGAACUAAGUGUCACUUUCUAAAUAAAGUUAAAACCUGAAAAGGCAAUAUGGAGCUGCUAUUUUAUAUUGUGACUGCUUUGAUUUUAUUUUUAUUUCCUGAUGAUAUAUCAACAUCUGUGAUAUUUGAAAACUCCUUGAACCUGCAGCUCUUUAGUUACUGCUUGUACACAAUAUUAUUUUUGUGGCCUGAUUGAACAAACUUAUGCUUUGAAAUAAGUUGGAUUGCUAAUGAAUCUCUGCCUAGACACAGUUUUUGAGUAACUUGUAUACAAGUUAAACAUCAUCUUUACUGACUUUUGACAUACAAUAAAAAUAUAAAGAAA